AUGUCAGCAGUAGUAUUACAACGGCCGAGGGACCUAGCCCCGAAUCCCUCAGAACCUGAGAUGACACCUGCACGACCAACAACCCCUUCGAACCCCGUUCAAAUUCCGCCACGCCCGAAAUCUCGAGGGACCGGUCAUGCACAAAAGCCGCACCGCACCACUCACCAUGGCGGCCGUAAGAGUCACUCGCACCCGCGUUCUAAGGAUGCGCACUCGCGCGAUGCUAUCCGGCCCUCGGUGGCCGCCCUGCUCGCCGUCACAAGCAUCCCACCGCCCAAGGCAUCGCGUAGUCGCCGGCAGAGCAAGAACGGAAAGCGAAUGACUGUCGAGUCCUUUAUUGAGCAGACGCAGGAGUCCGAAAAGGACUUCAGUUUGAAACUAAGCAGGAGCCCGCUCGACAUCCUGCUCAUGUCCCCCGAGGACCUCGAGGCCGAUGACGAGGCCUCCAUCUGCGACAGCAUUCCAGAGUCGGUCGUCUCGACGCGGACCAUUUCCCUAGAGUCCAUGCCCUCGCUCAGCAACUCCUUCACGACAGAGAAUACGCUCGCCUCCCUCGAAUCCCCACAGACACCGCAUCGGAAACGGACGCUUCAACCGAUGCGCCGGUCCUUGGAACCAGUAUUAUCUCCACCCGGCGAAGCCGAGAACCACCCGCUAUCGUCGCCUGAAAGCGAGGAGGACGAGCUCAACUUUGGCGUGUUUGGGGACAAGGAGGAGGAUGUUGCCACAAAGACGUCACGGCUGCCCUUCAGCCCGCUGCGGUCGGCGUUCAAAUCGAAUCUAACCGCAUCACUGCGGGCAUUGCGGCAAGCCGCACGCUCCUUUUCUAACCUAAAUUUCUCCUCGAUCCCCCCGGAGGAUUUUCUCACCCGUUCGAUCUUGACUAUAGACCCGCAAGUUCCUUACACCGACGAGCGUAGACCGCCGCCGCUUGAGGAAGAACCUACCGCUGCGUUGCGACGGUACCUAAACCCGACGACGACGGCCCGACUCGAGAAGCCGCCGGCUCCGAUCGUAGCCUCACCCGCCCUACGGACCUUUACCGCCUCCAUCCAAAUGCAGACCUACAAAAUCCAGCGCGCGCGCAGUGGCACGUCUACCCCCGGCCGUCCCCCAUACCCUUCCAUCGGCCCAUCCUCCUCGUCGACAGCAUCAUCCCAAAUAUCAUCCCAACCCGAACAACCGAAGCCUGCGGCCGAACACCCCCUGCCGGGGCCCCGCCAGCGCGAGAUGCGGGAGAACCCGGAUUUUAUCCGCAUCGCCGUCAUGGAGAUGGCCAUGCGCAAGAACGGCAAGCUCGACGACCAGCGGCCUGGACGGGCACGUUGGGCGCUGCCACCGAGGAAGACCAGUGCGGUACCGUACGAGAUUGGGGCAGAUGGUGUACCGGCGCGGUGGGUGGCUGUUUCGGCCGCGGAGUAA